AUGACAACCUCACAUCGCUUCCGCGCCAUCAUUGUUGGCGGUGGUCCAAUUGGACUGAUGGCAGCGCAUACCUUCUAUCGAGCUGGCAUCGAUUUCGUGAUCCUCGAACGCAGAAAUGCCCUUGCUGUACCCGAAGCAGGAGGUGCUGGAAUCGCCAUCAUGCCCAACACUUUGAGGCUCUUGGCUCAGCUUGGACUCCUUGAGGCGGUGGAGGCAAUUGGGACGCACAUGCGCCCCGGAACGGUGGUCACAAGUGACGGGCGGCCGUUUUCGACUCUUGACACAGAUGGGUGGUGCAGUGAAUUCCAUGGAACAGGAUGGGUUAUGGUGCAUCGACCCGAGUUGAUGCAGCUGCUGUAUGGUGCUCUUCCUGAUGAGAUCAGACAGCAUCUUUUCCCCGGCAAAGAGGUAGAAACCAUCGAGACGACUGAGGAGGGGGUCGUGGUCCGGUGUACCGACGGAUGCGUGGAGAGAGGCAGUAUUGUGGUCGGGGCGGACGGAGCCCACAGCAAGGUGCGCGAUUGCAUGCGUCGUAUCGCACUGCAAGAGUCGUCAAAUGCAGCCGUGAAUGAGGAGAAGCCGUUUGUCGCGACGUACCGGUGCGUGUUCGGCCAUACAGUCAGCCCGCCACCAGGAAUCAACCCCGGCGAUGAGUGGCAUAUGCAUGGGAGCGGAAUCUCGUCGCUCCUACUCGCCGGCUCGGAGAAGACAUGGUUCAUGUUCAGCCAGAGGCUGCCCAAGCCAACGCGGGAACGACGACGGUACACCAAGCAGGAUAUAAACAGCUUCAUGGGAGAGCUUGGCCAUGCCCAUUGCACAUCCACACUUACACUCAACGACCUUUACCAAGCGCGAACAUCUUGCUAUCUGACUGACCUCCAUGAAGGUCUGAUUCAACACUUCCACCAUGACCGCAUUGUCCUGGUCGGCGAUGCUGUUAACAAGCAGACUUAUAACACGGGCCAAGGGUGGAACACGGGAGUGCAAGACGUUGUUGUGCUCACCAACAAGCUCCGGGCAUUGAUGGAAAACGAAACCAAUCAUGAUGCGCCGAUCAGUAAAAGCAAGAUCCAAGCCGCUUUUGGCUUAUACCAACGAGACAGGUACCCGGUGGUCCAACAAGCUGUCAAGGCAUCAAUGAUGCUCACUCGCACAGAGGCCUGGAACCACUGGUAUGACUGGUUUACAGAUCGCCAUGUCCUGCCCCGGACUGGGGGGUUAAAACGGAUCUAUCGAGCGUUUCUUGUACCGGCCAACGUGAAUGCACAGGUCUUGGAGUUUCUCGAGGAGAACAACAGGCCAUCCGGGACCAUCCCAUGGCUCCAUGGCACUAAGGGGGAUCAAUUGAAGACGUCUCCUGGUACGGAUUAA